AUGGCUCCUAAUAUUUGGCGAGCGAUUUGCACCGCAUUCGUUCUGCUUGUACAUCCAAUCACUACUGUGGCACAAGCAGAUAUCACUCAAGACUCUUUCUUCUAUGGCCAAUCUCCACCAGUUUAUCCAUCCCCUCCUAUGCCUGGUGCAGGGCAAUGGACAGAAGCAUAUAGCAAAGCCGUUGCUCUAGUUUCUCAGAUGACGCUGGAAGAGAAAGCAAAUAUUACUGUUGGGUAUAAUCCCACAACCGGUUGUUCAGGCGAGACAGGCUCAGUGCCUAGACUCAAUUGGCCAGGUCUCUGUCUCUCAGAUGCCGGGAAUGGGUUGAGGAACACGGACUUUGUCAACGGCUGGCCUAGUGGCCUGCACGUCGGCGCGUCAUGGAAUCGAAAUUUGGCAUUGCAAAGAGGACUACAUAUGGGUGCUGAAUUCAAGACGAAAGGAGUACACGUCGCUUUAGGACCGGUGAUUGCCCCAUUAGGACGGGUAUAUGAGGGAGGUAGAAACUGGGAGGGUAUGGGGAUAGAUCCUUAUCUCGUUGGGCAACUGGCUGCCGAAACCGUGCAAGGUAUCCAAGGAGCGGGGGUUACAGCAUCCGUGAAACACUAUAUCGGUUAUGAGCAAGAGACAAAUCGAAAUCCUGAGGGCAAUGUUUCGUCUGUUUCCUCAAAUAUUGACGACAAGACAAUCCACGAAGUGUAUCUGUGGCCAUUUGCCGACACGAUCCAUGCAGGGGCAGGUUGUAUCAUGUGCUCUUAUAAUCGACUGAAUAAUUCGUAUGCUUGUCAGAAUAGCAAGACCCUUAACGGAUUGCUGAAGACUGAAUUGGGCUUCGAGGGGUUUGUUGUCAGUGAUUGGGCUGCGCAACAUGCGGGUUUGGCUUCAGCGGAGGCGGGAUUGGACGUCGCAAUGCCAAACUCAGUAUACUGGGGCGUUUCUGGAGGUAACUUGACAGCGGCAGUUAACAACGGCAGCCUGGCUGAGUCUCGUGUGACCGAUAUGGCGACGAGAAUAGUUGCUUCCUGGUACCAAAUGGGUCAAGAGGAAGGAUUCCCGGAGCUUGGAAUAGGGAUGCCGCUCGAUUAUACCGCUCCCCAUACCCCCAUCUAUGCUAGAGACCCUUCCUCGAGAUCCGUACUUCUCAACGGAGCUUUAGAAGGCCACGUACUCGUCAAGAAUGUGAACAAGGCCCUACCUUUGAAGAAACCAAAGCUUCUUUCGAUCUUUGGCUACGAUGCCGUUGCGCCACCUGAAAUGGAUAUAUCGCCACCCUCAGAUCCGUUGAGUCCUUUUACUUUCGGGUAUGAGCCAGAGUUGGACGCAAUAGCUUUUGUAUCCUCCUCCUUUCCCCAGAUUGCCCAAAAUGGAACAAUGGUUAGCGGAGGAGGAAGUGGAGCGAACUCGCCAGCAUAUAUUUCAGCCCCAUUCGACGCAUUACAAGAGCAGGCAUACCAAGACGACACCUCUCUAUUUUGGGACUUCACCUCGUUUGCCCCGGUAGUCGACGCCUCCUCUGAUGCGUGCCUCGUGUUUAUCAAUGCAUUUGCCACCGAAGGAGCGGAUCGUGCUGGCCUCCACGACGACUUUUCUGAUGGCCUCGUGCUAAAUGUGGCAGAUAACUGUGCCAACACGAUCGUGGUAAUACAUAACGCCGGGCCGCGGUUGGUAGAUCAAUGGAUCGAUCAUCCAAAUAUCACUGCAGUCAUCUUUGCUCAUCUUCCAGGUCAAGACAGCGGACGUGCACUCGUUCAACUCUUGUACGGGGUCCAAUCACCAAGCGGAAAGUUACCAUAUACAGUCGCAAAGAAUGAGAGCGAUUAUAAUACCUUUGCCCCCACGUUACCUUCGGAGGAAUAUGCAUUGUUCCCGCAGAGUAACUUCAGCGAGGGUGCGUAUAUCGACUACAGGAAUUUUGAUGCGAAGAACAUUACGCCAAGAUACGAGUUCGGCUUUGGCUUAACAUACACAACAUUCUUAUACUCUGAUCUUGAAAUUGAGAUCUUGCCUACCGUUUCGACAUCCUAUUUUCCGCCUGAUAGCCCUGUGGUUGAGGGUGGGAUUGCAAGUCUGUGGGAUGUCAUUGCUCAAGUGCAUGCCACGGUUAGCAAUAUCGGGGAAGUAGAUGCAGCGGAGGUAGCGCAGUUAUAUGUUGGCAUUCCAGGAGGACCGGUAAGGCAGCUGAGGGGUUUCAGCAAAGUUGAUGUCCCGGCGGGAAGUAAUGUGACGGUCGAGUUUGACUUGCUAAGGAGGGAUUUGAGCGAAUGGAGCGUUGUAGAACAGAGUUGGGUGUUGCAGCAAGAAAGCUACGGGAUCUGGGUAGGCAGCAGCAGUAGAGAUCUGCCGCUCCAGGGGACAUUGAAUAUUGGGUGA